UUGAGCAGCCAAAUCCACCUAACACAGGGAUGGGAGAAUUGUCAGAGGUUUGCCCUAUAUGUCUUGAAUCUUACCCAAUUGAUGUCCUCUCAUUUCAUGCAAGCACAUGUGGUGAAGGAAUGGACCCUGCUCAUCAUAGCGAUGCAGCCAGUAUGACAAGGACAGAGGAAAUGCCAGGACCUUCAGUUCAACGAUUGCCAGCAACAGUUUCAGCAGCAUGGGCCAAUGAAGUGGACCCCCGGAAGGCAUGUCAGUUGUUCAGAGAGGAACUGCUGGAACGUAACUAUGAAUGUCCACGCCUCUUUCUGUCAAUCGACUUGUUUGACGCAGAAGAAGAAACAGACAGUUCAUUGAUUUCAUUCUUUAAAAUGAACAAUGUUAACUGGGCAGCUCCAUUGAAGUGCAGGCUGAGAGGGGAUGCAGCAGUCGGCCAAGGUGUCAACCGACACGUUUUGUCAAUGGCCAUGCAGAAACUGAAGACCGGCUUCAGUAUAAAUUUAGGCUGUGCAGCUCUUACAAGCCUUUUUGAAGGCGAAAUGGAACAUCGGGUUCCCUCCGCAGCUGCUGUGCUUCGGGAAAGCAACCUGUUUGAGAUGGCAGGUCGGAUGAUAGGCCAUUCCUUCCUGCAUGGUGGUUUUGGUUUCUCAGGACUAAGUGUGCCUGUAGUGACUCUGAGGACUAAGUGUGCCUGUAGUGACUCUGUUGACUGGUGGGAGCACGGAUACUGCAGCAUCAGUGAAACAAUUGGUUUUCUCAAGAAUACACAACUUACUGCUCAAGAAACCACCAGUGUGACUGAUCUUUGCCUGUCCUGGGACCUCCCUGUUCCAACCUCCACCAAUCAUGACUGGCUGUUCCAGGAACUUCUUUCCCAUGCAGUACUUCACCGUGUUAGGCAGCCUAUCAAGCAGAUUCGCAAAGGCCUUAAAGAAACGGGAAUCUGGCCGCUUGUUUCAAAUAGGCCAGAUGUCCACCCCAUAUUAUUUCCAAGAGAGAAAAAUGAUGAGCUGAACUCACAGACUGUGAUCCAGAACAUCCACUGGCCACAGCCCAAAAGUGACAGCGAUGAGGACGAGGACGACGCCGUUCCAUUGGAGAAAGUCGGUCUCGUCACUGGAUUUUUGAGGCAAUUCAUAGAGGAAGCAUCUCCGAAGGUGCUGCGUGACCUCUUGAAGUUCUGGGUCGGGUGGGAGCUGCUCACAACAAACCUUGAAGUUGAGGUUGUUACUUCAAAAUACCCAGUGGCUCUCACCUGCUUCCUAAAAUUGAAGCUCCCAAGCCACUACCAAACUUAUGAGAAGUUCCACCAGGACUUGAUGAUGGCCCUCAGUUCCAUCAGUUCAGGCUUUGGGCUUGUGUAGCUACACACUGACUCUCAGUUUGUUUUGUAUUUUUCUGGAGAAGGGUUUGCCUCUCUAUUCAAUACACUGUGUGAGAUACAGGGUUACAGUUGGUACACCUACCGUGUUUUAUAAAUAAAGGACAUUUGGAAAAAGA